AUGGACGAUCAAUCUGCCAUUGCUAUCAAUGGAAGCUUCUUCCAACAAAUUCACCUACCUCACCAGAAGAAUCUCAUCGAUGGAGUUCAAUUCCCCACUGUACUGUCUCCAAUCCCUCAUUCAUCUGCUAAAACUCAUCUUCUUCACCUUACUGAAGCCAUCAAAUCUCAUAAACAAUGGCUGGAGGAUCUUCUCCAGAAAAGCGGUGCGAUUCUCUUCCGAGGAUUUCCGGUUGACUCUCCUUCCGACUUCAAUGACGUCAUUGAAGCUACAGGUUUUCCGGACAUGGAGUAUAUAGGCGGCGCCGCACUCCGGACACAGGUUUCCGGCCGAGUUUUCACCGCCAAUGAGUCCCCGCCGGAUCAACAUAUUGCUUUCCAUCACGAAAUGGCUUACGCUGCCGAUUUUCCGUUCAAAGUGUUGCUGUUUUGUGAAGUUGAACCAGAAGAAGGAGGAGAAACGCCGAUUGUUUUGAGCCAUAUCGUUUACGAGAAGAUGAAACGGAUCCAUCCGGCUUUUGUUGCACGUUUAGAAGAGCAUGGUUUACUGUAUACACGGCUGUUGAACAGAGACGACGAUCUGACAUCUCCGUCCGGCCGUGGCUGGCAAUCAACCUUCUCCACACAUGAUAAGACCAUAGCUGAACAAAGGGCUGCAAAGAUGGGAAUGAAGCUAGAAUGGAUAGACGAUGAUGGUUUGGAUUCAGUGAAGAUGAUAAUAGGUCCGUUGUCGGCUUUUAGAGUAGACAAAGCAAGGCAAAGCAAGACGUGGUUCAAUAGCUUGGUGGUCGGUCAUGGUCACGGAUCGCAAGACAAUAGCACGGUGGUUCAACCUGAUCCUGUUACGUUUGGUGAUGGCAAGCCGAUACCUGUAGAUAUGGUGUACGACUGUAUCAAGAUUCUAGAGGAGGAAUGUGUCGCAAUCCCUUGGAAAAAAGGCGAUGUUUUGCUUAUAGAUAAUUUGGCCGUGCUUCAUUCUCGUAGACCAUGUGUCAAUUCGCAAGCUCGCAGUCGUCGUGUAUUGGCCUCUCUUUGCAAGUGA